CAAGCUAAAGAUUUGAGUUGUAGCUUAAAAAAAAUACGCCACGCUAACGGAUUAUUUUACUAUUCCGACACAUGACAGCAAGUUCAUCUGUAUACAUUUUUAUCUCUACUGUCUUUCAAGGUGAAGCCGCGGUCAAACUGGCGGCUUUUUAAUUCAUUAAAAAAACACACAACAAGCUGCUCUUGGCUGGUAAGCCAACUGUCAACAAAGAGACCGCAGCUGCACAUUGCUGGCAGUGGUGCUCAAAGUGUCGUAGUUUCAUUGACCCGAACAGACAAUAUUAACCUGGCUGACAUGACGGGGAUAGCGUCUCCAGAGAAGGCGUCCAGCUCCAAGAAGAAAAGCGAGAGGAAGUGUGCCACCAAAGAGGAGUACAAACAGCUGUCCAGCAUCAUGGGUGUCAUGAACAACCUGAGGAAACAGGGUACCCUCUGUGAUGUGACACUGGUGGUUCAGGGGAAACACUUUUCUGCCCACAGAGUAGUGCUAGCAGCUGCAAGCCACUUCUUCAGCCUCAUGUUCACCACCAGAAUGAUGGAGUCAAUGUCCCAUGAGGUGGAGCUCAGGAGUGCUGAGCCCGAGAUCAUUGAGCUGUUGAUUGAGUUUAUCUACACAGCUCGGAUCUCGGUGAACAGCAGUAAUGUCCAGUCGUUGCUGGAUGCAGCCAACCAGUACCAGAUUGAGCCUGUGAAGAAGAUGUGCGUAGAGUUCCUCAAAGGACAGAUUGAUGCAACAAACUGUCUGGGUAUUUCAGCCCUUGCAGACUGUAUGGACUGUCCUGAGCUGAAGGCAGCAGCAGAGGACUUCUUCCAGCUCCACUUCACUGAAGUCUACAAACUGGAUGAGUUCCUGCAACUGGAUGUGUCACAGCUCACACAUCUACUGCACCAAGACAAACUCACUGUCCGUGCUGAGGCUCAGAUAUAUGACGCAGCAGUACGCUGGCUGAAGUACGAUGUGUGCAAUAGACAGCAGUACAUGGUGGAGGUGCUGGGGUGUGUUCGCUUCCCCUUGGUCUCCAAAACCUUCCUCUCUAAGACAGUGCAGGGUGAGCCCCUCAUCCAGGACAACCCGCAGUGUCUCAAGAUGGUCAUCAGCGGGAUGCGCUACCACCUGCUGUCUCUGGAGGAUCGUGAGGACUUGGGAGAGAGCAGCCGACCGCGACGGAAGAAGCACGACUACCGCAUCGCUUUGUUUGGAGGCUCCCAGCCACAAUCCUGCCGCUACUUCAACCCCAAGGACUCGAGCUGGACAGACAUCCGCUGCCCCUUCGAGAAGCGCAGGGAUGCCACAGCCGUCUUCUGGGACAAUGUGGUCUACAUCCUGGGCGGCUCACAGCUCUUCCCAAUAAAGCGUAUGGAUUGCUACAACGUCCUGAAGGACAGCUGGUACUCCAAGCUGGGUCCGCCCACACCACGCGACAGUCUGGCUGCCUGCGCCGCCCAGGGCAAGAUCUACACAUCUGGGGGGUCGGAAGUGGGUAGCUCAGCCUUGGACCUUUUUGAAUGUUACGACACGAGGACGGAGUCGUGGCAGGUGAAAACCAGCAUGCUGUUGGCCCGCUGCAGCCAUGGCUCAGUGGAGGCUAACGGGCUCAUCUACGUCUGUGGAGGAACAGUGGGCAACAACGUGUCUGGCAGGGUCCUCAACAACUGUGAGGUGUAUGACCCCAACACACAACAAUGGAGGGAGCUGUGUGGGAUGAGAGAGGCCAGGAAGAACCAUGGGCUGGUCGUGGUCAACAACAGGAUCUAUGCUGUUGGAGGGCAGGGGGCACUAGUCGGUGGACUGGAUUCGGUGGAGUACUACGACAUCGCUAGUAACGAGUGGCGCACUGCCUCGCCGAUGCCGUGGCGAGGUGUGACGGUGAAGUGCGCGGCAGUCGGCGAUGUCAUCUACGUGCUGGCAGGGUUCCAGGGUGUGGGGCGGCUUGGACACAUCCUGGAGUACCACACUGACACUGACAGGUGGGUGACCUGCAGCAAAGUGCGAGCAUUUCCCGUCACCAGCUGCCUGAUCUGCGUGGUCGACACGUGUGGAGUCAACGAAGACGAAGACAUGGAACUCAUAGACUCUCAGUCACACACUGCAUCCGCUGCCCCUCCAGCUGCCUCGACCUCAUCAUCCUCAUAGGAUGAGGUGGAGCUUUUAUUGUAUUUUACAUUGUGACGUUUUAUGAGAGUUGUGGCUGUGGCUACAUUAGGCCUCCAAAAGUAUAUGGAGCUGAUUUACAUGAAGCAGGACCUGGCUUUCAGGAAGAGUCCGUCUUGCCUAGACAGCUCAUGCCAAUGUAAAUAUUUAUGUGUGUAUUUAAGUAGUUAUGUUCUUCAACUAUGUCCAGUAGCCAAAUUUCUUUUUUAACUUUUAUCUGUACCUGAAACGCAGAUCCUUAUGUUAAAGCUCCGGUGGGACACUAUACACAAAUUCAUGUUUUAGGGGAUAAGGAUGCUUUUGAUGAAAGAGACAACCCUCUCUCAUGGAUACCCAAACUGGUUUUGAAAAAAAUCUAAAAAAAAGAAAAAAUACUGAUGAAUACAGUCAGAGAACUGAGAAUUUGAGUUAGCUGUUAUUUUAUUGUAAUUUUGUUUUUGUAGCUUGUUAAUGAUGUACUGUUACAGAGUGUAGAUAUACUGCAUUUAUCAAUAGUUGAAUCUUGUGUGUGUAUAUAUAUUUAAUAACAGUGCCUCUGUAAUGCACUGUAACUUAUAACUGACUUUACAGAGAAUUAAUAAACAUUUUAUUCUCAAAAUCA